UCUGUGUGAAUGCACGUUUAUAUCUUAAAUAAUAUUUAUCACAACUUCAACGCUGUGAACUAUUAACCUUAUACCCGUUUUAUCUGUAAACCAUCAUCAGAGUACAGUGAAAUAGUUUCUAUAUAUAUUAUUACCCUUUAUAAAGCGUUUGGUUUUAAAACGAAUUAGUUGUGUGUAGUCGCGAAACGGAAUAAUCGUAAAUAUGCGCAACAAAUUAUUGUUGUGCCUGGUGUUAGUGUGUGCAUUGACGAAUUUUUCAGAAUGUAAAUGGGGAGGGCGUAGUAGUAGUAGUUCACGGUCUAGUUCGAGUUCUAGUUCAAGAUGGGGAGGAGGAUCUUCAAGUACACGUUAUAAGCCCUCAUCCAGUUGGAGCUCAAGUCAUAAGUAUCCAUCAUCAUCAUCAGGACUUUCAGGAUAUGGUAGUAGCUCAUAUUCGAAACCCUCAACGACAUGGAACUCAGGUUCGUCUUGGUUGUCUAGUUUGUCUGACAAACCUCGAUCUUCUAAUUAUCCGCCAUCUCGUGGAUUAUCUGGAUCAAGUUCUGGAAGCAGUAAAUACCCGUCGUCAACAGGACUGUCAGGUUCGGGUUCAAGAACAAACAAUUUUCCAUCUUUAUCUAAUUUUGGAUCAUCUGGAAAUUUUAAGUUACCAACGAUAACUUAUCCAUCAUCGAUUGGAUUAUCAGGAUCGGGUUCUGGGAUCAGUAAAUACCCUCCUUCGACAGGACUAUCAGGGAGCAGUUCGGGAUUCAAUAAAUACCCAUCAUCUACAGGACUAUCUGGGACGAGUUCAGGAAGCAAUAAAUACCCGUCAUCGACUGGACUAUCAGGAUCGGGUUCAGGAUUCAAUAAAUACCCGUCAUCGACUGGACUAUCAGGAUCGGGUUCAGGGUUCAAUAAAUACCCGUCAUCGACUGGACUAUCAGGAUCGGGUUCAGGGUUCAAUAAAUACCCGUCAUCUACGGGACUAUCAGGAUCGGGUUCAGGAUUCAAUAAAUACCCGUCAUCGACUGGACUAUCAGGAUCGGGUUCAGGGUUCAAUAAAUACCCGUCAUCUACGGGACUAUCAGGGACGGGUUCUGGAAGUCACAAAUAUCCGACAUCAGAAAAACAUUACCCUACUCAAAACUACCCUUCAAGCAAUAUAAACUACAGACCAAUACAACCCCACCACACAACUAAUGUACAUGAAACUUACAAUAAAAAUCCACAUAGUUAUGGCUACAGCAACCACGGUAUUUAUAACCCGCCUACAUAUUAUUCAGCACCUCAACAUGUAUACAUAAAUGAAUAUAGAACUUCGGGCAGUCGCUAUUCGGAUCUUUUGUCUGGACUAGCCCUAUAUAAUUUAGGCCGUUCACACAACCACAUAUACGAUCGCUAUUAUUAUGACGAUUACUACAGACAUAGAUAUCAUUCCAAUGGAAACAGUCAUUCAUCGUAUGAAAAACCCAACGAAGAAGCUCGUUGUCUUUUAAGAGUUAAACAAAAUGAUAAAAUUGAGGUACUUAAGAUUCCCUGUGAAAUCGUAUCUACAUUUACGGAGGGAAGCCAAAAAUUAGCACAGGAUUCGGUCACACAAUCCGUAUGUAUUACAAAUGUUACAGUGAUUAAUAGCACAUCACCAAUAUCAACGGACAAAUCAUUAAACUCAGCUUCGUCAAAAGAUCCAGCUGUGAAUACCACUUCACUCCUUACAACCACUACAACCACAUCUUCACCAGUAAAUGUGAAUUCAUCAUCGAACUUUUCGUUGCCGUUAACCACUACGAGGUUGCCAAACGACACAAUUAAUCCAGAUUCAAUUAGUACUACACCAUCAUAUAUUGUUCCUAAUUCUACAACACAAGCGAUCUCCACAAUCACACUUAACACUACUGAUAUCUAUAACAACUCUAUGUCUCCGACACUAUUUACAGAAUCAAAGAAACCCACUGAGUCUCUCUUAGAACCAGUCAAAAAUUCAACUGGUUCUAACUCAACCAGCUCCCUAUUAAAUAUGACCGUAUUACAAACUAUAAAAAAUAGUACCGAAUCUUCAACCCCAAGUAUAAAUAUAUCACAAAAUAAAAUAUCACAAAUGACAACCAUAAAUUCGACUAAAUGUACUGUAACGGAAGAUCCAUUGGCCAUUAGAGGACCUCCGUUGAAGGUCUCUGACAUGGAGUGUGAAGUAGAUAUCGUCACCAAGAACGAACACUUUAGAAAUAAAAUAAAUUGUAAAACAUUAAUAGAUUACGCAAAAAUGCCUGAACCCAAGAAGGAGAGUUCAAUACUACCUUCACGUACUAAAUUGAAGUCUUGGAUGUCAAAUCCCCCAUGGUGGCUGUCUAUGUUUAUAGCCGUGUAAUUAAUCAAUAAGUGUGAGUUAAUAUUAAUUAAAAACUAAUAUUUUUAAUUACGUUUAAUUUUUUUAAAGUACAAGUUUUUUUAUUAGAAUUUUAGAUGUAUAGAGCUAUUGGGGUUUGUAUGCUGUUAUAAAAUAUCAAAAAUAAUUUAAUUUAUGUUCUUAUAUUCUCUUUAUAUAUCCACUGGUUGUGAGACGAGUCAUGAAACCAGAUUUUAAGAAUUAAGGAGUUGUAAUUUUAGUUACGAUCCAAUACUUUGUAUUAAAAUGUAUGUUUAUCUUUAUAAUAAUAAUUAUUUAUUUUGUUUUUAUUUAAAUCAUCAGCAUUUUUAUUAGAUGCAAAAUAAAUAAUUAAUGUGAUAAUAAAACAUGUUGUUACUUAUGUUGUUAUUUCUAGGUAUAUGUAUUUGUAAAAGACACAAAUUGUUUUAUCAUAUUAGAAUGUCUGAAUGUUUGUUUAUUUUACAGUUUUAAGAAACUUUUAUCUCUUGUAAAUGUGAUAUACCUCAUAUCAAAACAAAUACUGGGAAAAAAUUGUAAAAACUUAUUCAUUAUAUUACAUACUAGUUGAUACCCCCGACUUCAUCGGCGCUUUUAGAAUAUUAACGAAAUUAUUGUAUGUGCAAGAAAACAAAAACAUGGUUAUAAUAAAAACUUUAAUAACUUUAUACAAAAUAAAUAUAUUAUAAGAUAGA